AUGGCUGUCGCGUUGCACUGCGAGCGACCAGAUGCCCGAAAACCCGUGGAUGUGGAUCCAUCUGCCAUGUUGAAUUCUUCGAGCGGCUCCCACAUCCCGGUCGCAACAGGACGUACGAUCGCUCGAUGCGUGCUGCAGCUUGCCCUCUUCUUGCUGGGAUGCUACUUCUGCCAGUUCGUGUGGUGGCUGGAUCCUUUCAGCUUCACCUCCGUCUCUGUUGUGAUGCUCUGUGUCAGCGCGGUGCCCGGCACCGCCCUGGCCUUCCUCUGUGGCAGCUGGCAGGGGAGCGGAACCCUGCUCGCCGUGCUCUCUGGAGACCAGGCGGAAGCAGGGCCAGCGUCUGCACUGCCUCGAACGAAACCGAAGCGGAUCGCCUUGAUUGCCAGCCUUGUCAUCCUUGAACUUGGAGUGCUGGCGGCAUACGGUCUUGCGGUUCGAGUGCUCACAACCUCCGACGAUGUUCGCAAUGUCGGAUUUGUUCUAGUGGCUGCCGUGGUCAUCCUCGAUUCGAUUGUUUGGCUUGUCUGGGCUUUGGGCCUCGUGACCGGUGCUGCGCAGACAGCUCUUCUCAUGGUGGCGGCGCGAGCUGCCGCCUGUGUGUGGGGAGAUGAUUACUGGCUCCUGGGACAUUCUGGCGUGUUCCUGGCGAUGGUCGUGCUGUUGGCCCACAUGGUGGUCGACUCCAUGAUUCCGGCACCGGACAGCCCAAAGGUGCGACGGCAGCGCGCAGCAGCAGAUAUGUUGGAGACGCUACAUGCCAGCAUGGCAGCAGGAUCAGGAUCAGGCGACCAUGCCAUCCCGGUGACGCUGGCAGCUCCUGUGAUCGCAAAGUGGAAGCAGUGGCUCCCUCCGUCGGUGCUGCUGGGAAUCAUGUGCUUAUUUGCUGGCGAAGUGGCCCUGGUGACCUUACGCUUCGAGGAACCCGAAGUUUCCUGGUGCAACACCUGCGAAGCGCGCCCGCAGCAGUACUACGCUGGCGUGGCCCUGGGCGCCGGCUUGGUGUAUGCUGUGUCGCUGUAUGGCUUGCGACGGUCGCAGCUGCAGGCCUUCGGAAAGAAGGGGCCGCUGCUGGAGACGGCUCCCUUGGGCCUUGUUGUUCCAUAUCUGUGCUGGGUGGGAGUUGCGGCGUACACCUCUUGGGUGGCAGACAGCUGGGCAGUCCUCGUUCACGUUAGCCUCCUGCCUUUGAUUCUGGGCUUAUUCUUCUCCGCACAUCAUCGCUGGGUGGUGGAUGACUUUCACUUGACACCGAGGCCACCCGGCACAGCCAAGAUCGCCCCAGAGCCAAGUGCCGGAGGUACUGCAGGCGAGCCAGCGAGUGAUGGUGGGACAGCUGCUGCCGAUCCGGCUGAUCCGGCUUCCAGUGGACCUGCAGGCGGUUCUUCGUCAAGCCUUGGCGAGGAUAAGCCGAGUUGCUUGGGAAGGGUGCCUUGGACGGUGCGAAUAUGGCUGAUGGCACUCCUCCUCGACAUUGCUUAUGGCGUGAUCUUGCACUUGGUGUCGGAAAUUCGCUUCCGAUGGGUCGGCUGGAGCAUCAGUGGCGGAGUUCUUGUCCUGGCGCUAACCUUCAUGAGCAACCAGAUGUGGUUUGGCACCUUCCAGCUGUACCCAGAGCAGCCCAUAUUCUGGGGAUUCAUUGCGCUCAUCCUCCUGGCUUGGGCUGGUGGUGUCUGGUACUUUGAGAACGACAUGAAGGUGGACAACUUUGCGAUGGUUCUGCUCUGCGUCGUUGUCCUUUAUCCGGCUGUUUACGUGGCAAUCCUUGCGGUGCAGGUUCUGCGGGAUGCUAAAUGGAGUCCCAAGGAUGCUUCGACCUUUCGUUUUGUGCGGAAUGCGCUCAUCUUCAGCACGGUCGUCUACUUGGCCUUCCUUGGCGCCUUGGCCCUGUUGAACUGGGCUGCCGCACUUGGAGGCUUCUGCCUGCUGCUGAUGGCGGCCAUCAUCGGCCUGGCCUUUUGGAAGUGGUUGCGGAACAAUCGCUACAUCAGCUACCGAGUGAAGCUCGCCAGCGCUAUCGCCGUGGCCUUCUGCGUCCUAGGGUCUGCCGUUGGAAUCACCUUCUACUUCCAGAGCAUCUUCGGAGGCUUCACCACAGUCUGCGUCGGGCUGACGCUGUUGCUGGCUGGUGCCGCCGCUUCGGAGGUCUCAGAUGCCCAGAGCCGAACAGCUUUGGAACAGCUUCGCGUGGAAUCGUCCAAUUUUGUCUUCCCCAUGUUCCGCUUCCGGGGCGGAGAACUUGCCAGGGCCCAUUUCGACAUAUCAUCAACCAUGCAGGCUCUGGGUGUAAUCUCGGUCUGGGGACUGGUGGCCGCCGUGGUGCUGGAUGAGCUUCCAGCCUUGGGCAUGGUCGUGGGAGUGCUUGCCCUUAUGGCGAUCCUCAUCCUGUGGGCGCACCUGGUGGCCAGGGGUGGCCAACGCCGGGCCCUGGUCCUCGAACAGCUGCCUCAGGCACAGCUGCUGGCAGCCGCGAAAGAGGCGCUGGAUGGAGGCACCGGAAGCAAUCCCUACAAUGGCCUACAGUGUGGCAAGCGCAAGCUACAUCCCGGGCUCGAGCACAUGCUUUAA